AACGCCUCAUUGUCCAUACGUGACAGACGCACGUACGUCAUGACGUCAGUUGAAAGAGGGCGCCUCGCUGCUGGCGGCGAGUUUAAAGAGUCCAGACUGGAGAGAGCGGCAUCUAUCCCGUAGUUUUAGGCGGUCAACCGGGACAGAGAAGAUGUCUGACGACAGCAUGCCGCUGCAGGAGCUACCCUGCGGCCUCCAGAGCCACGCGCCCUGCCAGUCCCGCAGGAUGCACAAGCGCAAGACCAGAGGCCACCUGAGCGAGGGCCUGGACACCGAGUGCACCCCCACAGAGCUCAUCCAGCAGUGGUCCCCCCCACACAAGACCCAGAGACUCACCUGCAAGGACAAGGAGAACGACCUGUUCGUCCUGGCCAGGAGACCCAGGAGAAGGAGGGACUCCAGAGCAGGGAUUUCAUGGGAUCAUCUGCCAGACGAGCUGCUGCUCAGGAUCUACUUCUACCUUCCUCUUCAGGACCUGCUUCGGGUCUCCUUAGUCUGUAAACGUUGGCAUCGUUUGGUGUUCGACGAGUCUCUGUGGCACAGCGUGGAUCUGCAGGGUCUGACCAACACAGGUCCAGCUCUGCAGCAGGUGCUGAGGACCGGGGUCCGGCGCCUGCGCUGCCCUCGCGCCUUCGUCGAGGAGCUGCACCUCACAGGAACAGAACCUCUGCAGCUGGUGGAGAUGGAUCUGUCCAGCUCCAUCAUCCCAGUUUCUGCUCUGGAGAGCAUCGUGUGCCGCUGUCUUCGUCUGGAGCGACUGAGCCUGGAGGGUCUGCAGCUCUCGGACGACAUCGUCAGGAGUCUGGGGAAGAACGUCGGCCUGCAGCAACUCAACCUGAGCGGCUGCUCCGGCUUCUCUGCUUCUGUUCUGGCUGACAUGCUCAAGUCCUGCUGCAGGAUCGAGCAGCUCAACGUUUCCUGGUGUGGCUUCGACAAGGACCACGUAAAGAGUGUGGUUAGUAAUGUCAGCCCCAGCGUCAGCAGCCUGAACAUCAGCGGGUACAGAGAGAGCCUCACGUUAGACGAUGUAAAGAUCCUGGUCGACAGAUGUCCUGAAGUUCAACACCUGGAUUUAAGUGACAGCACUCUGCUGAUGGCCGACUCCUUCCUGGUUCUCAAGGAGCUGAAGAAUCUGCAGCACCUGUCGCUGAGUCGCUGCUAUCACAUUCACCUGGCUGCUCUCACGGAUCUGGGUCAAACGCUGCCCUCCCUGCGCCUGCUGGACGUCUUCGGCCUCGUGCAAGACAACCAGCUGCCGCCCCUAAAGAAGGAGAUGCCUCGCGUCAGCAUCAACUCCAUGCCGUUCUCCACUGUGGCUCGCCCCACGCCCGCCAGCAGACUCCCCGGGUGCCACGGCGACCGCAGCAUGUGGAACAGGAAGUGCCGCCUCAGCGUCCCGCUCUGACCCCGGACGCACUUCCUGUGUUUUUUACAGGGACAGUUCAUGCUGCAGAGCAGGACCUACACGUCAGGAGAAGACGACCUCAACGGCAGGCUGGAAACUCAGAGAGAAUCGUGUCAUUUAGAAACCUGUGAACGUUUAGCCUAAAUGUGUAGGAAGUUUGAAAUGAUGUUCUAAUAAUGUUACAAGGAAAACACUCAGAUCAAGGCGUGACAGUUCUCUGCUGCUGCUAGAAAUGAACGGCUGGCUCUAGUUGAUGCAGUGUUAUGUCAUUGCUGAAUGAUAGCUUCUGUUCAUGUUCCAGUCCCCUCAGGCUGUCGUGUUUUGAAGCCUCUGUUCAUUUAAUGAUCCUUUUUAAUGGAUUUUAACCCUAGCGAUCGUUGGUUCUGAGUCUGAAGCGCAGGAACCGAACAGCCAAUGACGCUGCAGGAUGAUUUUACAAAGGUUAUAUUUUUGUAUUAAUCGGACUGAUGCCGUUCUUGACUCAAAAGGUUUGAAAUGCAAAUUAAUUAAAAUCACGUUUGUUA